GAUUAUGUGAAGCAGAAGGGUAAAAAGGUGUGCAAUUACACUAUUUGGCACAGUAGGCUGGAAAUAUCUGAAAAGAAUUUUGUUUACACAGAUGGUUCUUUGGAGAGCUGUAGGUAUCACUUAUGUGCGUUACUCACAAAUCGCUGCCGAAAUCACCCAUCGAUGCUCGAAGGCCGCUCAAGCUAUGGAAAAACAGUGGCGUGGCAGGAGACACGGUCCUUCAUUGCAGCUCUCACGGUGGGAAAAUGGAAAAGAAGUCACUAACGGCACUGGACUCAAGAAAUAAAGUCGAGGAUGUUAUAGACUCUCAAAGUAGUCGCUAAUGCUUUACUAACGCUUUAGAAGACUGUUUCUUUCGAGAAAUAAACCUUAGUCAUGUA